AAUCGCCCCGCUCUACCGAGGCUUCGUUCAGGUGAACUGAACUUCAUCUAGCUGUAUCGCAUCAGCAUCAACGAUUUGCCACUGAGAUCUAUCAGGAAAGCAGAUGCUGCUGUCCCCUCGCGAUCCCUCAAGUUCCCCCAGCCCUCCAUCUUCCCCAUCAUCCGCCGCACUCUCGGCAUCGUCAUCGGCUGAAUGCAGCUCGCCGCGAGCAGCCGCAGCCAACAAAAGGGCGGUCUACACGCUACUGGCCUUCUCAGCCCUCUUUCUCGUCCUUCUCGCAUUGACGUGGAGUCACCACAUGGGCAUGGGGGGGGUCGGCCAGGACGUGGCGCUGCAGCGCGGUUACCAAGAUAGGUGGACGAGCAUCCCUGUGGCGAUGCUGAGGCGCUCUCGAGGUGGGGGCGCCGCAUCAGCAUCAGCGGAUCCAGUCCAUUCGUCAUCCCCGUCCCUCUUCCCCACUCCCUACUGGUACCCUCAGCUGCGGUGGGUGUUCGUCAUCACCCCCACCCACAGGCGCUUCACGCAGCGGCUAGAUCUCGUCAGGCUGGGAAACACUCUCGGCCACGUGGACAACGUGUAUUGGGUUCUGGUGGAGGACAGCGCCAGGCGGUCACACAAGGUGGACAGGUGGCUGAAUGCCAGCAUGGUGCAGCACUGGGCCCACUUAUGGCGGCCGACACGGGGCAGGUGGCAGGUCAGGGGCGCACAGCAGCGGAACCACGGGAUUGCUCAACUCAGGCAGAUGAUCAACGAGGAGACUGACCAAGCGCUUAGGAAGGCUUACCAGGUGAUUGACAAGAUAUCUGCGCACGGAGCUCUCCCCACCUGUCUGUCCUUCUGUCUGCAAUCGCAUCGCAUCUUAUCAGGAUGGUGUUGUUUACUUUGCCGAUGACGACAACGCGUACGAUGUUGCGCUGUUCGACCAGAUCAGACAGGUCCGCUCCCUGGGUGCGUGGCCUGUCGGUCUGUGUGGCGGCCACUUCGUCCAGCGGUGCAUCGUCGACCCGGGCACGGGCAAGAUCGUCGACUACAUCGCAUGGAACGCACGGAAUCGCAAAUUCCCCAUCGAUAUGGCGGGCUUUGGGGCGCAUGUAAGGCACUUUCUGUCACCCGAUUCGCCUGAGGACGUGCCCAUGUUCAACGUGAGCAGCAUGAGCGGGCAGCUGGAGAGCGACUUCAUCGACGGUUUCGGUAUCCCGCUGGCGGAAAUAGAACCAUUGGGGGACAACUGCACAAAGGUCAGCCAGUUGAGUCGGGAGUGGAGGACAGACAGGCUCGUGCAGCUCAGCUUUGUUGACCUCCCCCCCUUGUGUUGCGUUGUGGUGUGCAGGUGAAUGUGUGGCACGUGCGGACGGCUGUCGAGAACUUCACCCGCUACUCGUUUGACGAGUUGUUUGAUGUGUGAUCGAUCGGCUCACUGGCCGAGCCGAGCUCGUUUGUCACGUUGAUUGGAUGAUAGGACUCUCAUGGACGUACGUACGUACAUCGAUCGUUUUUCAGAUUUUGCAACGAGCGAGCGGUCCGGUCGACGCUGGAGCAUGUGAUGUGAUAGUGAUGUGAUGUAAUUCCUUGCCUGCCUGCUUUUUAUCUGUUUUGAGGUGUCCGUCUGCAUUGAUCUGAUCUGAUCGAUGCGUGUCGUGUGCACCCAGAUACCGUACCCGUGUGCAUGCGGAUGUCCAUAGUCAGUCUACCAUAGAUGGAUGGCUGAGGCCAGAGCUGCGCACCGCGGGAUGCGCAAGUGUACUGGAUAGAUAGAUCAGUCACGAGUCGUGUCUUGCUGGAGGGAGGCCGGGUGCCAACGCAGUGGGUCUGUUUCUUUGUCAUUGUGACAUUGGUCACGCUGAGCACGUCUGCUUUGCUUCUGAGCGUCAGGCGUGCGGGGGCGUGAUUAAGGCACCGUGACAAAGGAACACACCCUGCCGGCAUGCCCCAGCUGCAUCAUGCAUGUGUGGCCUGCCUGCACGUCACCCAUGCACGUGAACAUGAGUUUCCUAGGUCAGCAUCAUGACCCUUGCGUGUAGACAGGGGGAGAAACUGUCAUUAACCG